UCCAAACUUUUGAGCAUCCUUUUCGGCAUCAGUAUUAGAUGAAUUGAAUCGAUUGUGAGUCACAUCCAUCAUUGAUCUACUCCGCUCAACCUGUACUGUUUAUUUCGCGAGCGCUACUAAUUGCUAGGCCUUGACUAGAUCACUGUCCAUUAUCUGGACAUACCCUGUUUGGUUCUGAUAUCCGAGUCAGAAUUCGAAGCUCGAGUCACGCCUUAGAUCAAGAUUUUAGAUAUCACUUUAAAAGAAUCGCCUCGCGCCAGGGCUACUCAUACAUAUUUCACGAUAUUGCUGAAGUCGGGAUACUAAAAUGUCCUUCCCAAAACACGAUAUAACCCAAUCGUUCAACUUUCCAAAGGAGGAGGAGAAAGUGAUUGCUUACUGGCGCGAGAUCGACGCAUUCCAGACUAGUCUGAAGCUGUCCGAAGGCAAGCCAGAAUAUGUCUUCUUCGACGGUCCUCCUUUCGCGACUGGUCUGCCUCACUAUGGUCACCUUCUCGCGGGUACCAUCAAGGACAUCGUCACCCGACAUGCUCACGUAACAGGCCACCAUGUCACUCGUCGAUUUGGAUGGGACACUCACGGUCUCCCCGUUGAACAUGAGAUAGAUAAGAAACUUGGAAUCACUGGAAAGAAAGACGUCAUGGCCAUGGGGAUCGAAAAAUACAAUGCAGAAUGCCGUGCCAUCGUCAUGCGUUACGCCUCAGAUUGGCGCGUCACCGUCGAGCGCAUGGGUCGAUGGAUCGACUUCGACAACGAUUACAAAACGUUAAACACCCCCUUCAUGGAAAGCGAGUGGUGGGCGUUCUCCGAGCUAUGGAAAAAGGGUAUGGUGUACCGUGGCCAGCGCGUCAUGCCUUAUUCUACGGGAUGCACCACCCCGCUUUCGAACUUCGAAGCGGGGCUAGACUACAAGGAUGUAAAUGAUCCUGCAGUCACCAUCGCAUUCCCGCUAGUGGAUGAUCCUAGCACAUCCCUUCUGGCGUGGACGACUACGCCAUGGACUUUGCCAUCUAAUCUGGCGUUGUGUGUUCACCCCGAGCUGACUUACAUCAAGAUCCGUGAUGAACAGCACGACACAAAUUAUAUCCUCUGCGAUCAGCUUCUUGGAACUCUCUACAAAGACCCCAAGAAGGCCAAGUUCAAGCAGCUAGCAUCAUACAAAGGUAUCGAAAUGAAGGGAUGGAGAUACGUACCGCUCUUCGAGUAUUUCACGGAACAGUAUGAAGAUCGCGCGUUCCGCGUUUUUGUGGAUACUUAUGUCACAGCAACGGACGGUACAGGUAUCGUGCAGCAAGCCCCGGCAUUCGGUGAAGAUGACGCUCGCAUUGCUAUUGAAAAUGGUGUCCUGGGUCCAGAAGAGAUGCCUCCCUGCCCCUUAGAUGAUGGUGGCAAAUUCACCAAGCCAGUCACGGAUUACGAGGGCAUGUACAUCAAGGUCGCAGAUAAAGAGAUCAUGAAGGCCUUGAAGGCGAAAGGUCGCCUUAUUGUACAGUCGACCAUCAAGCACUCCUAUCCGUUUUGCUGGCGAUCAGGAACACCUUUGAUCUAUCGUGCCGUACCAUCAUGGUUCAUCCGCGUACAACCUAUCGUGGAUCAGCUUGUCACCAACAACCUGAACACCCUAUGGGUACCCCAAAAUGUUAAGGAUGGUCGAUUUGGAAACUGGCUAGCUAAUGCUCGUGACUGGAAUGUAUCCAGAAACCGUUACUGGGGCACACCACUACCUCUGUGGGCUAGCGAUGACUACGAAGAAGUUGUCUGCAUUGGCUCCAUCGCCGAACUCGAGGAGCUGACUGGUGCCACUGGACUCAUGGACAUCCACCGCGAGAAAAUAGAUCAUUUGACCAUCCCUUCGAAGAUGGGCAAGGGUGUCCUGAGGCGUGUGGAGGAAGUUUUCGACUGCUGGUUUGAAUCCGGAAGCAUGCCAUUCGCAUCAGCACACUACCCAUUCGAAAAUAAAGAGUCUUUCCUCAAGAACUUCCCGGGUGACUUCGUGUCAGAGGGUAUCGAUCAGACUCGGGGUUGGUUCUACACGUUGCUCAUCCUCUCAACUCAUCUCUUCGGCACUGCGCCAUGGAAGAAUUUGAUCGUUACCGGUCUCGUUCUCGCCGCUGAUGGAAAGAAGAUGAGCAAAAGUCUCCGAAAUUACCCUGACCCUCAUAUCAUCUUUGAUCAAUAUGGUGCGGACGCUACGAGAAUGUUUCUGGUGAACUCUCCCAUCGUGCGGGGCGAAAACCUGCGCUUCCGUGAGGAAGGUGUCCGCGAUGUUAUCUCUCGUGUUCUUCUUCCCUGGUUGAACUCCGUUCGAUUCUUCCUUGGCCAAGUGACGCUCCUCCACAAAACCACUGGCGUGCAGUUUAUGUACAAACCACACGCCCCUGUCUCAAACAACGUCAUGGAUCGAUGGAUCCUUGCUCGCUGUCAAUCUCUCAUCAAACUCGUGAAGGAUGAGAUGGAGGCUUACAGGCUCUAUACCAUCUUGCCACGACUCCUCGAUCUUAUCGACGAGUUGACGAACUGGUACAUCCGGUUCAACAGACGGAGAUUGAAGGGUGAGGAUGGCGAGCAGGACACGAUUGCCGCUCUCAACACGCUUUUCGAGACGCUGUUUACCCUUUGCCGGACUAUGUCCUCGUACACUCCCUUCAUGACGGAGAACCUAUACCAGACAUUGCGUGAAUAUAUCCCAGAGGAUCCUUCCGUUCCCGAUGCGCGAUCAGUUCACUUCCUCAUGUUCCCCGAUGUCAAGGAAGAGUACUUCGAUGAGGUGAUCGAGCGCCAGGUGAAGCGCAUGCAAGCUGUCAUCGAUCUCACUCGGUAUAUCCGGGAGAAGCACAACUUGUCCUUGAAGACACCUCUCAAAGAACUCCUUAUCUUCCAUCCUGAGGAGCAGUACAUUGCCGAUGUACAGUCUUUGCAGCGGUACAUCCAGUCAGAGCUUAACGUACGCGACGUGGUGUUCACCACAGACGAGGCCGCAUGUGGUAUUCGCUACCGAGCUGUCGCAGAUUGGGGCACACUAGGCCGCAAACUACGCAAGGAUCUCGGACGCGUCAAGAACGCGCUUCCCAACGUUUCCUCCAAUGAUGUCAAGGCAUACAUCGACUCAGGCAAGCUCACAGUUGAUGGCAUUGAGCUAGUCACUGGUGACCUGACGGUGCAACGUUACCUCGAGUUGCCACCCGCUUCUGAUGGGCAGUACGCAACCCAUACCGAUAACGAUGUCGUGGUCAGGCUGGAUGUCCAAGUUCACCCGGAUCUGAUGGGCGAAUGGCUUGCGAGAGAAGUCAUCAACCGGGUGCAGAAGCUUCGAAAAAAGGCUGGCUUGCAAGCCACUGAUGAUCUGAAUGUGUACUACCGCUUUGAGGAGGGCUCAGGUGCGGAAUUGCAAGAUGCACUGAAGGAGCACGCGGAAGUCAUCGAGAAGACUAUCCGUAGCGUGCCUGCUGAUGUGAAAACUAGGAAUGGUGGGGAGCUCGUGAUUGAGGAGGAACAGGAGGUGGCGGACGUCAAGUUUAUGCUGUUGCUGGUUCGGGCGUAGUUGUUUCACUGGAAGUAGACAAGAAGCGGAUAACGGAAGCUGUACAUUACCUGUUUGUGCAUUUAGAUUAGCGAAUGCGAAGGUUUGAGAUGCGAGAAUAAAAAA